AUGUUUUCAGAAAUUUUUAGAGCAGCAGAAAAAAUAAUAAUUGAAAAAGAUGGCACUUUUACCUACAAAAGAUUUGUGCAUCGACAGACAUGCCGUGAAAAUGUACCUUCUGAUUCAUUGGAAGAAUAUUACGGGCGAUCAGUUUACAUCCCUCUUCUUGAUGCACUGAUAUUGGAUAUAAAUACUCGUUUUUCUAAAGAAAAUUUGCAGUGUCUCCAAAUCUAUUCUUUGAUGCCAGAAAAUAUUAUUAAACUAAAUUAUAAAGAUGUCGUCGAAUCUAUUUCAGCAAUCAGUAAUUUCUAUGGUACCAUUCUUGGACUUAGUACCCAACUUGAAUUUAUAUCGGAAGUUGAAUUGUGGCAGAGCAAAUGCUUUAGAAUGAACAAGGACGGAGGAGGAGUCAAAUCACUGACUACUGAUCUUUCUGUUGUUUUUCAUUUGUGUGACCCCGUACAAUAUCCAAUCACUCAGAAGUUGUUCCGUAUUAUUAAAGCAUGUCCAGUUAGUGUUGCCAGUGCUGAACGUAGCUUAUCAACUCUGCGAAGAAUUAAAACAUGGCUAAGAACACGAAUGACAGAAGACAGACUAGUCGGAUUGGCACUACUUAAUGUAAACAGAGACGUUUUAGUAUAUGUUGAAAAUGUAAUUGAGCGAUUUGCGAAGUCAGGAAAUCGUAAAAUAGAAUUUGUUUUAGAAAUUGUUAUUAGUCAACCUAUCAAGGUAGCAGACUUUUCAGAUCAUUAUCCAAUUUAUACAGUUGUAGAAAAUACAGGAUUUGUCACUACAGAUACUCUGACUUUGAAAAGGAACAUAAAUAAGAGAAACAUUUCCCUAAUUAAGGAAGCUCUAUCUUCUGAAAAAUGGGAAUCAAUAACGGAUGGGAGUAACAUUGACACCUGUUGCAUGAAUUUUUAUAAUCAAUUAAAUAGAAUUCUUGAUACUUAUGCCCCAUUGCAACCGCUGAAACGGAAAAAUAAAAAGCCAUGGGAAGAAAAAAAUUACUUUAGUCAAAGAUUUAAUUAUGCAAAAAGCUGUUCAAAGAAAAAAUGGGAGAUAAUAAAUAGUAUAAUGAAUAAAAAUCAACAAUUGAAUGAUAUCAAUAAAAUAAAAGUCAACAAUAAUAACAUAAUCGAUAAUGCAGAAGAAAGCAAAAAAUUUCUCGGAGUGAUCAAAGACAACCUCUCGUGGGAUAUGCAUAUAGACUCGUUAUCGAAAAAAAUUAAUAAAACCAUAGGUGCAAUUAAUAAAAUUAAAAAAUGCUGUGCAGUCAAAGUUCACUCGACAUUCUCCUCUGCUCUAUACACCACCUGCAAGAAUAACACUGCUUGGGGAAAGUUUAAAACAUACCGGUCCCGGAAUCUGGGAGAAACUUCCUGUUGA